GCGAUCCUCGGCUUGCACUCGCUGAUUCAGUUGGACAAAAACUUCCCAUGCAGCGAGAUGUGACUCACUGAAGAGUAUAACAGAUCCUCAAAAUGCUUGGACCGGUGAAUACAUUAUUCAUUCUGUUCACCACUUUCCUCAUCAGCUUAUCAAUCAGCGCUGAAGAAAAUGUGAAACCCUGCUUGGUUCAGGACUCGGUCCUUAUCCAAAAGUUCCACAUAUUCCCAAACAAGACUCUUUUGGACACAGAGCGUAAAUUGACUUACGCGCCUCACCAAUACUUUCGCGAGGGCAACUCUAUCCGCGGGUGCGUUUGCCUCGUGAAAAAAUGCAUCCGGAAAUGCUGUGCUGAGGACCAUCACAUUAAAAACGGCUCGACUGAGUGUGUGCCAAGGGACGGCGGCUUUGGCGAAUUCCGCACCUCUGUUUUCCGCAACCUCCUGCCACCGAAAUCGGCCAACGACGAAUUUUACUUUCUGACAGGUCUCCAAAAUUGUCCUCAAAGUCGUUUCAGGCUCUACCCUGACGAAUCGCCAGAUGACAAAUUCACCCUUUUAGCAAACGGUGACUUGAAGUUUCUCGCUGAGGAGGAGCCCAUCGACGUCUCCAUGUACUGCGUAGAACAUUUUGGAGAUGUUGAUUACGUCUCUGCAAUUCUCUGCUUCCCUGAGGAACCUUCAAACCAAGUCGAAGGCGCCCUCAUCAACGUCUACGCUGUGGGGAUGCUGCUGUCGACGGUGUUCAUAGCCAUCACCCUUUUGGUGUAUGUUCUUCUGCCGCAGCUCCGCAACCUGCACGGCAAGUGUCUAAUGUGUCACGUCGGCUGCCUGCUGGCCGCUUACCUUUCGCUCUCCAUCGUCCAACUUGGCACCGAGACCAUUCCCGGCUGGCUCUGCACUUUCAUACCGUUCGUGAUCCAGUUUACUUUUUCCGCCGCCUUCUUCUGGCUGAACAUCAUGUGCUUCGACAUCUGCUGGAUGUUCAACCGAGUGCACACCAUCAGCGGCUCAAGUGCCGAGCGAGAGCGCAAAAAGCUUUGUAUUUACUCAACCUACGCAUGGGGCUGCCCUCUGCUCCUUCUCACCGUUUGCAUCAUAGCAGAUCUGACGCCUGGAUUGCCAAAUUUUAUACCCAGGCCUCGCUUCGGAGAGCAUUCGUGCUGGUACAGUCCGAUCGGAGACAAAUCGCCGGUCUUGGUCUACUUCUUUGGGCCGAUCAGCAUUUUGCUGAUCAUGAAUCUCAUUCUCUUCAUAAGGACAGCCAUGCGAAUCGUGUCACUGAGGAAAGGUACCGGCAUGCUGAACAGGAAUGACAGCCAAAGUAGCAGUGACAAGCAGCAAAAGUUUGUUCUGUAUUUGAAACUGUUCAUUGUGAUGGGACUUUCAUGGAUAAUGGAGGUCAUCUCGUUCCUAGUCAAAGGACCAACCUACAUGUGGCUGCUUACAGACGUGUGCAACACUUUGCAAGGACUGGCAAUUUUCCUCAUCUUUGUCUGGAAACCCAAGGUUCGGCGCCUGCUGCGCGAACGACUUUGCCCUGGCCGUGGAAUGGAGCAGCAGAACACUUUGGUAAGCGCUGGCGGCGCUAACCACUUGCGGAAAAUAAGUUCCAACACCAAAGUGGAGGAGCUGAGCCAGAAUUAACAUAAUAUGCAUGUGUGUGCCCUACGUGUGUAUUUAUCUAUCCGCACAGAGUAUGCGAGCAAUGUGUAAACAGAAGUCGUUUUGCCGCGCCUUUAAGUAUUAAUUUUGAAAGCGUCAAUAAACGCUUUGAGAGCCAAUUUGUUUGGAACAUUAUAAGCUGUGUGAAGGUCAGAAAUCUUUUGAACUAAUUUUAGACAUUUGUCUAGCUUGAUCGAUGUUUCACACACUCAAUGGAUGUCUUGUGAAUUAGUUGGUGUAUUCAGAUUUACAUCUCAUACUGCAUAAAGCGUUGAAAUGAAAUGCCAGAAAUAAAUUGAAUUUUUUAGUGGAAUGGCUUACAAAGUACCUUUCCAUUACUGCUUA